AGGAAAACAGAAAAUAUUCACAUUUAAGAAGCUGAAAAAUCAAAGAAACUUUAAUAAUCGAACAAUCAUUGCAGCCGUACAUAAUAUAUCUACUAAUAUCUACUGUUUAUAAUAUAAAUAUCGAUGUGAUUUAUGUGGUGUUAUAUAUUGAUAUCGAGUGAUAUAAAAAAGUAUUGUGAUAAGAUUUUUUAGCCCUUUUUUAAUGAUGCACCAGAUCAUUUAGAUCCAAAUUAAACAUUCUGUGUUUAAUUAAUCUGUGUUCUGUUCUGUGAAAGCCCUUUGUACUAAAAUUUGGUAUGAAAACUGAAAUCUCUCAAAUAGAACAGGUGAAUUUGUGACUGUGAGUUAAGUAGACUUGACAAUGGAGCCUGUUCAGGUUUAAGAAUCUGUUUAGGCUUUUUUAUUUGACCAUAGGAUCUUUGUCAAAUAUUUUUGUGGCUCAUCUGUGAGAGUUUGUCUGUCAGUUUAUUGUUUUUGUAGUUAAUGUGUGGUUGUGCGUGAUCACUGCAGCCGUGCACAUGUGUGGAAAGUCAACACAGUCAAACACGCACUUUAUGAGCCCAAAGCAAAUGAUUUGAUAGACUAAAGGCGUGUUACGUUACGUGUUAGAAGGAGAAACGCGCAGUGGGAAGGGAAAGGAAGCUUCUACAGCAGCUGUCCUUCAUCAUAUAAGCAGCAGGAAACGCACUGGUCACAUCAACCAGGCUUAAACGUUGUGAGGAGCGUCUUAGAUGAGAGGAUGAGCCUGAACUGUCAUCAGCGUCAUGACACUGGAGGGAACAGCACCGAGCUUUCCGACAGACAACCCUCCAGUGAAGAUGAGACCAUGGUCCCGGUACUAACCUCCAGAAAAGCCAGUGAACUCCCUGUCAACGAAGUAGCGUGUAUCCUGCAGGCUGACCUGCAGCAGGGUUUGACCCAGGAGGAGGUGAGGAGGAGGAGGGCGUACCACGGCUGGAACGAGUUUGACAUCAGUGAAGACGAGCCACUAUGGAAGAAAUACAUCUCACAGUUCAAAGAUCCUCUGAUCCUGCUGCUGCUGGCGUCGGCCGUCAUCAGUGUCCUCAUGCACCAGUUUGAUGACGCCAUCAGCAUCACUGUGGCCAUCAUCAUCGUCGUGACCGUUGCCUUUGUCCAGGAGUACCGCUCAGAGAAGUCUCUAGAAGAGCUCGGGAAGUUGGUUCCUCCAGAAUGUCACUGUAUCAGGGAGGGACACCUGGUGCACAUGUUGGCGAGGGAGCUGGUCCCUGGAGACACCGUCUGUCUGUCAGUGGGAGAGAGAGUCCCAGCAGACCUCCGCCUCUACGAGUCCACCGACUUGUCUGUGGAUGAGUCCAGUCUGACUGGAGAGACCACGCCCUCCUCCAAGUCUACCUCACACCAGCCGCUGGCGUCCAACGGAGACAUCGCCUCCCGCAGCAACAUCGCCUUCAUGGGGACAUUGGUGCGCUGCGGCAAAGCCAAGGGCAUCGUCAUAGGAACCGGAGAGAGCUCCGAGUUUGGUGAGGUGUUCAAGAUGAUGCAGGCAGAAGAGGCUCCAAAGACUCCUCUGCAGAAGAGCAUGGACCUGCUGGGGAAACAGCUCUCGCUCUAUUCGUUUGGCAUCAUAGGCGUCAUCAUGCUGAUGGGUUGGCUCCAGGGGAAGAGGACCCUCGAUAUGUUCACCAUCGGUGUCAGUUUGGCGGUUGCCGCCAUCCCAGAGGGUUUGCCCAUCGUGGUAACGGUGACGCUCGCGCUCGGUGUGAUGCGAAUGGUGAAGAAAAGAGCCAUCGUUAAGAAGCUGCCCAUUGUGGAAACUCUGGGCUGCUGUAAUGUGAUCUGCUCGGACAAGACGGGAACGCUGACCAAGAAUGAGAUGACGGUCACUCAGCUGUUCACAUCAGAUGGACUCCACGCUGAGGUGACGGGCGUCGGCUACAACAGAGAAGGAGACGUUUUAGUGGACGGCGAUGUCAUCCACGGUUUCUCCUGCCCUUCUAUAACCAGGAUUGUGGAGGUCGGCUGUGUGUGCAACGACUCCAUGAUUAAGAAUCACAACCUGCUGGGACGACCAACAGAGGGCGCUCUCAUUGCUCUUGCCAUGAAGAUGGGUCUGGAGAACCUGCAGCAGGACUACGUCCGUCUGGAGGAGCAUCCGUUCACGUCGGAGCAGAAGUGGAUGGCUGUGCGCUGUGCUCAUCGCAGUCAGCAGAACACGAGUGUUUACUUCAUGAAGGGCGCGUACGAGCGCGUGAUUUCCUUCUGCAGCUCCUACAACAGCAGAGGAACCACACUUCCCCUCACACACCAGCAGAGGGAGCUGUACCAGCAGCAGAUCAGCUACAUGGGCACUGCCGGACUCAGAGUGCUGGCGUUCGCCUCCGGAUCAGAAGUGGGGAACCUGACCUUCCUGGGUCUGGUGGGCAUCAUCGACCCGCCCAGGUCAGGGGUCAAAGAGGCCGUGGCUGCGCUCAUCAGUUCUGGCGUCGCCAUCAAGAUGAUCACAGGAGACUCGCAGGAGACGGCCGUAUCUAUAGCGAGUCGUCUGGGUCUUUACUCCAAAGGUUGUCAGUGUUUGUCUGGAGAAGAAGUCGAUCAGCUGGACCUGCAGCAGCUGUGCAACAUGGUCUCCAGAAUUUCCGUGUUUUAUCGAGCGAGUCCCAGACACAAGCUGAAGAUCGUCAAGUCGCUGCAGAACAUUGGCGCCGUGGUGGCCAUGACGGGCGACGGCGUGAACGACGCCGUGGCCCUGAAGGCGGCCGACAUCGGCGUGGCCAUGGGACGAACGGGCACCGACGUCUGCAAAGAGGCGGCCGACAUGAUCCUGGUGGACGACGACUUCCAGACUAUCAUGUCAGCCAUCGAGGAAGGAAAAGGAAUUUAUAACAAUAUCAAGAACUUUGUGCGUUUCCAGCUGAGCACGAGCAUCGCAGCGCUGACGCUCAUCUCCUUGGCAACGCUGAUGAACUUCCCUAACCCUCUGAACGCGAUGCAGAUCCUGUGGAUCAACAUCAUCAUGGACGGACCUCCAGCUCAGAGUCUGGGGGUGGAGCCUGUGGACCAGGAAGUGAUAAAGAAACCUCCUCGUAACGUCAGAGACAGCAUCAUCACUCGCAGCCUGAUCUUCAAAGUGCUGGUGUCAGCGUUUAUCAUCGUCUGUGGGACUCUGUUCGUCUUCUGGAGAGAGUUGCGGGACAAUGUCAUCACUCCCCGUGACACGACCAUGACGUUUACCUGCUUCGUCUUCUUCGACAUGUUCAAUGCUCUGAGUUCACGUUCACAGACUCGUAUGGUUCAUGAGAUGGGUCUGUGCAGUAACAGGACGUUCUGUUUCGCCGUGCUGGCGUCCAUCAUGGGACAGCUGCUCGUCAUCUACUUCCCUCCUCUGCAGAGUGUCUUCCAGACAGAGAGCCUCAGCGUCUUCGACCUGCUGUUCCUGGUGAGCCUCACCUCAUCUGUGUGUGUGGUGUCUGAAGUCAUCAAGAAGGUGGAGAGGUUGAGGUCCGCCCCCAGAACUCCGCACACGGACGUCUUCCAUGAAGUAUGACCCCGCCCACGCCACCGUCUGGACCUGAAGGCGAAGAGGAGGAGGAGGAGGAAGCAGCUGCAGGUGAAGGGUUUUAGAAUCAGAGACUUUUUUUGUUUUUUCAGGUGGGCGGAGACUCUCCGGUCUGGGACUGGAGGGCACGCUCAUCCUGAAGGGGGGCAGAGCAUGGCGAAAGACGGCCUACUGGACUGUGAAAUGGCCAGCGGGUGUUCUGACCCUGACUCUGUGUUUACUACAGUACGACGUCCAGCUCUCGCCUCCUCUGACUCGCUCUGCUGGUGUUUUCCUGCUGUCACAUGACUUGUCACAUGACUCGUCACAUACGACGGACCUGAAGGAGAAAAAACCUCUGAGUCACAUGUUCGACACGUUUGUGUUCUUUAUUUAAACGGCUCAUGUAGAAAAGUGCGACCGCGUCACAUUCACCGGACGACUGGUCGAGCUUGUGUGUAUGUGUACGUGGGUUUUCCGACGCAGUGGGGGUGUGGAGGUACAACACUAAUGGGUCAGGGUUCCAUUCUUGAGCCUCGUGACCAGCGAGGAAACAAAUAACAAACACAUUGAAGUUUUCGUUUUAUUUUCCUAUAAACGUUAAAAUUCUCGUGUGACGAUUCAUGUUUGGGGAAAAAAGACAUUCCGCGCAUUUAAAGCUUUAAUUUUCAUGUUUCUAUACAACUUUAUUUUUCUUCAGUGUCUCAAAUAAACAAAUUAUUUUUCUAUGAAGCACUUUUUAUCCAACUACUGAGAAAAAAAAAAAAACUAUAUCCGGAAAAAACCCAGAUUCAAAACAAAUCUUUAUUUAUUCGUGAUGAAAAGCAGCAAAUCGUACAGAAUACUGUUUCUUAUAUUUAAUAAUUCUGUAGAUUUGUAUGGAUGUAAUGAAUCUAAUAAUGUUCUGAUGAUAAAGAUAAACAAACAAAAACAUGAUGCGUAACUGUCCGAUCAAAGACUUCCUGUCAGACCAUGUGACGUGAGACAAACGUGUCACGGAAAAAUCGCACUGAUUGUAUGACAUAGAUAAGGUGUAUUAAAUACCUUUAUUUAUAAAUAAAUGAAUCAAAUGACUUUGUUCUGAAUUCAUUCAUUUUUAAAGGAAACACGAGUGAAAUGAUCCAUUUUAAAUGUUUAAAAUGAUGUUAAAAUGCUUCAUAAAUACAAAUUAUUUUGAAACAAAUCAAGGAAUUUGAAAACUUUGGCAUUUUUUUAAAGAGGGAAAACUAUUUUCUCAGAUAUCAGGCUUGAAAUAUGCUGAGUCAUCGCACCAACACUAGCUAAAACCACUCAAAACUGCGAUUCUCUACCUAUUUCUCGUUUAUUUUUCUGUUUUUGUGACUUGUCGCAAACGUGUCGUAAAAAAACAAUGUUUUUCCGAGGGUUUACUGAUACGAAUUAGUCAAAGGUUGCUUACAAACAGAAGUCGCUCACUUUUUACAAUUACAACUAUUUAAGAAUAAAAGAAUAAAACAUUAUUAUCGCAAUAAUAUUAUGAGUUGCUUUUUUGGUGGGGUUAGCUAGCCGAUAUUAGCUGACCGAAGUUGGCUGGCUUUAGCUAAUGUUAGCAGAUGUUGGCUGGCAUUAGUUGGUGUUAGCCAGUGUUAGCUCGUAUAAGCUGAUGUUAGCAGAUGUUGGCUGGUAUUAGCUGAUGUUAGCCAGUGUUUUUUUUUAAGUAAACCUUUAAAUUUGUAUCUCUGUGACCUUUCUGGGCAUGGGGCGGGGCUUGUGUCCCAAUGGGAGGGGAGGGGGCGUGUCCUGACCUCGAUACACAACGGGGACCUGUACACACGAUGAAACGACGUGUACAAGACGGUUGAAGGUGAAUAAACAAACGUACCACCACGCCUCCACGUGUAUGUUUCCGAUCCAUGCGUUAACGUCUUUUUUCUAUGCAUUCAAUUUGAAUAAUCGUCACUGCGGCUGUUUUUUUUUGAAGAAAAA